AUGGGACUACCAAAAGUUCUUGGCUUUGGCUCAGAGGCUCUCCACGCCUACCGUGGCCGCUCCAAAGGCGUACCCAAACAACUUGAAGACGACACAGGGACCAGAAUAUUGCCCCCUGGGACCUAUGCGCCUAGCUCUUAUUACGGAGAGAAUGGCUCAGAGCUUCCUAACGGAUAUACCGCGGAAGAUGGCUCUUGGAUCCCAAGCUAUUUUUAUACCCCCGAUGGGUCCUGGAUUCCGAAUGACGCUUACCUUCCUGCUGAUUUGGUGCCACGAACUCCAGAACUUGAAACAUUCGGUACUGAUAGCUCUAGUGGGAACUCAAUAAAUAGAAAUAUGCCGGUAGAGACUGGGCUUGAUUCGAAAGGACAGGACCAUGAUGGUAUUGAUAACGACGAAGCCGUGUGGCAGCUCGAUGAUAUAGCUGAGAGUCUACAGCCUCCAGGCUAUGAAGAGGCCAUGAAUAAAGAGACCGCGAAUGAUGAAAAUGAAUGCGAGCAAACAGAAGAUGCAAAGAUCAAAAAGCGAGAAAAGCUCGUCCGCGACCUAAUUAAUAUUGUUGAGCCAGCCCCCAGCCAGAUACGCCGUCUCCCUUGUGCAGUCAUCAUUCCACAACGUCGUCCCGGAAAGAAAGAUCGAGGUUUCUGCCGAGCAUACGCACCUAUACUAGCUGAGAGUGGCAUUGACCAGGAUACAUUCUUACAAUUUAUCCAGAGCUUUGACGUGGCCAGCAAGGCCAAUCCAUUGAUUGAAGUUACUUUUAUUGCCGGUGGGAUUUUAGGGAUGGUCCCAAAUGCAACCGCCGCGAUUGCCGGUGCGAUUGUACAAGUCGUCGCGGGAACUGCCAAAGAGCUGCAGGCGCGCAACCGCGCGAACACUUUCCUCGACCGAGUCAAUCAAGAAAUAUUCAUGCCUCGAGGCUUGGUUGUAAUGGUCAUGGCAUUCGAGGAUGACAAAAAAUUAGGAUUUGCAAGCCUAGGCAAGCUGUUCCAAACUAAGAAAGUAGAUAUCAAUGACCCUAAUGCAGGGGAUGUCAACCAAAAUGAAAUCAAUCCCUAUGAUCACCUUACGGAUGCAGCAUUAGCCAAUAACACGCCCCAGAUGGGCGAAGGAUGGUGGAAACGGAAUAUGAAAAAGAUCAGAGAGACAGAUGGCAAGACUACAGGAGAUGUUCAAUUGCCCGAGUCUGCUCCGCUGGUCUAUCCCUAUCUCGAUGCAGUGUUGGGACGAAGUGGAGAGCCACCACAGGGAUUUAAGAAGAAAAUGGGCGCUGCUGGUGAAUGGGUUCAAGAUUAUAUGGAUAGAAAGUCUCAUGCUGAUUUGGAGCAAGAGAAGCCAGGUACUGCUCUAGCGAUGUCCGCUGAUCAAAGAAAGCCAUUCAAAUCUCGUUUCAAUGACCCCAGCCAUCCUGCAAAUAGUGGAUCACUUAUAUCUCUUGUUACAGGUGGUGCCAUAGCCAUGCCCGAUCGAAAACAAAUGAUGAUGGAUAAGGGCAAAAAAGGAUUCCGCAUGUUGAAAGGCGAACAAGAGCCAGCGGAGAACCAACAACAGCAAAAUAGACGAUGGAAGAAAGCCUCCAGUGGAGGAUUGAUCAAGACAGUGAUGAAGAUGAAACAAGACGACAUCUUCUAUUUGACCGUGAUCAACAUGCCCACGCCGGAGGAGAUCGAAGCCGCAAAGGCUGAAAUGAGAGAGAUGAUGGUCGAUUUCCCUCCCGAAGCUCAGUCAGCUGUAGACACAAAGAUGCCAUACAGCCCUGACGAUCUUUACCCAGCCCCUCUUAAUAUAUCAAAGCUUCCAUCGGAGAAUAUUGUUGCGAAAGCUCCUACUGAACUCCCUGCUGAGCUCACUGCUCCACCCGUGGCCAUUUCACAAGCUUCAUCGACUGUCGUCCAUGAGCAGCAUUAG